UGAUUAACAAGUGCACGUAGUAGUGCUGAGUGAUCCCUUAACGAACUACUGAACUAACGUGCGCCUAAUGACAGUAUAAAAGGUGGCAAUUCCGGUUUCUCUCUCGCUCUUUCCGUUUUGACUUACCAUGGCGGAAGAAUUAUCACUAGCGAUUCCGCAAUCGCAAGCAAGCACCACGAAGAAACGCGCUUCAAAGAACGAAAAGCUGUGCCUCGAGGACUACCUUCACCUCGUUCACUCUCGCCAAACGCUUCACCUCACCAUAAAUCAACUCAAUCAGGUCAUCCGCAUUCACGGCUUCAAGAAAAUCCACCACGCUCCUAAGAAAGUGCUGGUGCAAGCGGUGGAGUCGCUGGAACUGGUGGAUCUGCCGCGGUCAACGGUGAGCGAGAGCGUAUCGGCGUUCGCGGCGGUGGUGCUGGAGGAUGUGGUUGCGGAUCUCGGUGAGCUCAGCUGGCAGGAGUGCUGCGUGAUCUCCGUCGAGAAGAUCAGCUUCUCCGACGGCCAGAGCGUGUUCCCUGCUGCUUGCUCCGAUCAGAGCCUCCGCGUCGUGAACCACUCGCUGUCGCAGGCCCAGAAAGAGAACAGGAUCGACGAAACCCGUAACCUAAUCCCUGAAGCUUUUAGGAAAGACCUGAAACCAACGAAAAUGGUGCCGAAGCGGAAGAGGAGCAACGUUCGCGACUAUGUUGCCUCUACUUUGGAUUCCGCUUCUCUCGCUUCGUGCUGAAUGAAUGAACGACCUUCGGUUACUUCUCUCUCUGUAUAGUUUAAAGAAAUUUAAAGUUUCCAAUGCAUUAUACAAUUUAAACACAAGCUUGUGCUUGUGUUGUGCUGAGUGCUGACCUCCCCUAAAGAUACUCACACUAUCCCCCCUAUACCCUUAUAGCUCUUAUUCCUAUUCCUUUGCCUUUGCCUUAUUAGCACACACCCCCAAGUACUCCCUCCCCUUUAUUAAUCCUGUGCUAGAAAUUUACUUAAAGGUAAUGAGUAUGGAUAAUUGGUGUCUUUA